CCCAAGGUUCCGAAGCGCAAUGGCCGACCAAGUGGCAACGAUGAUGGACGGGCUCCAUGUGGCCAAGGACCCAGCGGCGACGGACGGCGCGCGGAUCAUCAACUUUAGCAGCAAGUUUGUUGACCAAGCCUUCAGCGUCCAGCUCUGGCUUCUGGAACAUGCGUGCUUUGUGUGGAUUGGCUUGGCCAGCGACGCAGCCGCGCUCGGCUCGCUCUCGACCGCCAUCAAGACCCCGUACGACCCGUUCCCGCUCGCCGCAAGUCUCCUCGGCGGCCACGGCGACGAGGCCGAAGCGCAGAUCGCACAGCGCCUCGUGCUCAAGACGAAGAAGCAAGUAUUUGUUAGCUGCAACCUCCCGGACGACCCCGAACUCGCUGCGUUCGUCGAGCGUGCCAUCAUGACGCGGCUGCGCGACGAAGCGUUCGUGUAAUUGACAUUUCCAACCC